AUGGAUACCCAGGAGUAUGUGCUUGACGAAGUUGUCGACAACGAGACGUCGCAAAGCCUGCCCAUGUUUGUUAAGGAGUACAAGGAAAUCGGCAAAGGUGCCUUUGGCACGGUGGUCGAGGCCCUGCUUGCACACCUUGACGAAAACGGGCAGCCUCGCCCCGCCCGCUUGGGGCCUUUUGCGAUCAAACGCGUUUUGGCGCAAACCGAGUACAAAUGCCGUGAGUUGGAGAUCUUGAGAGCCGUCAACCACCCCAACGUGGUGUGCUUGAAGUAUUUCUUCGAUAAGCGGAGCCGAACCGACGGCAAAAUGUAUCAGAACUUGGUCAUGGAGUGCUUGCCGCUGAACUUGCAGAGCGAAAUCAAGUACUACCGCCAUCUGAAAUACACCAUUCCGUACCCUCAUAUGAAGGCGUACACGUUCCAGCUAGCACGUGCCAUGCUCUACUUGCACGGCAUGAACAUCUCCCACCGCGACAUCAAGCCCUCCAAUAUUUUGAUUGACCCGUCCACUGUACGCUUGAAGAUCUGCGACUUUGGUAGCGCCAAGCAGUUGGAGCCCAACCAGCCGUCCGUCAGCUAUAUCUGCUCGCGCUUUUACCGUGCGCCCGAGCUUAUCGUUGGGUGCACCGUGUACACCACGAAGAUUGACAUCUGGGGGCUCGGCUGUGUCAUUGCCGAGAUGUUUUUGGGAAAGCCCAUCUUCCAAGGCGUGUCAUCUGAGUUGCAGUUGAAGGAAGUUUCGAAAUUGUUGGGGCCACCGCCAAAAACCUUCUUUUUCAAUAGCAACCCGCAGUACAGAGGCAACAUGUUCUCCACAAAGCUCUUCACAGGCACAAUCCAGGAACGGUUUGAGCGCAUCUUCUCCAACUCGCCGCCUGACGUGAUUGAUUUGUUGCUUAAGGUAUUGGUAUAUGACCCGGAAGCCAGGGCCAGCGCCAAGUCUAUCAUGCUCCAUCCGUUCUUCGAUGAGCUCAAACAGGAGUCGUUCAAAGUAUACCCAAGGGGCGCUGCGGAACCCAUCAAAUUGAAAUUAUACGAUUUAAGCGAAUACGAGCUAAAUCUCAUGGGUCCUUUGCGUGACGAGUUUUUGCGGCCUUUGCAGCGCACGAACGAGGAGUUUUGA